AAGGGGGGGACUGCAACGUUAUGCAGUACUGUAAAAAUACUGAAAUAGUUUUCCCAGACGCUGCAUUCAAAGAAUUUGUUAGUUAUUUAGCUGCAGGAGCAUGCAGAUGAAUCCGAGUGUAACGAUUGAACGCAAACGCGUCGACUGCAGUGUCCUGCCCAAGGGCUGGCAGCGGGACGAGGGACGAAAGUCGGGAGGCAGCAGCAGUAGCACCACCACCACGACCAGCGGCAGCAACAACAACAAUAAAGUGGAUGUUUUCUAUUACAGUCAAACAGGAAAAAAACUUGAAGGAAAGCAGCAGGGGGGCGAGGUAUUUGACAUUGGAAGCUUUGAUUUCCAGUCCGGGAAGCUGCAGCAGCGCCAGCUGCCCUCACCAUCGAUAUCGCUGUACCGCUGCAGUGCCAUGCCCCUGCCAAUUGGCGCCGGAGGCGCUGGAGCUGGAGCUUCACUGAAACGGAAAUAUGCCAGGGCCCAGGCAAACAGCAGCGGUGGCGGCGGCACAGCAGCAUCAACGACAGCGACACCAGCAGCGGCAGCACCAACAACAGUAGGCGCAUCAUCCUCCACAGCGGCUGGCGGAACGUCCACUAAUCUGCGCCAGCAACAGCAGAUGGAACUCAGUCGAGCCCUACGCACUGAUGUCUCGCUGGUGCCGCCCAUACGACAGACUGCCUCCAUAUUCAAGCAACCGGUGACGGCGAUUCGGAACCACAGCCAGGAUCCCAGCAAGGUGAAGCACGAUGCCAAGCAUGGGGCCCAGGAGAAGCCCAAACAGUUGUUCUGGGAGAAGAGGCUGGAGCGACUGCGUGCCUGUCACGACAAUGGCGACGAGCUGGACGAUAUAUCACUGCCCAAGACCAUACGCACUGUCGGCCCAAAUGUCAACGAACAGACAGUCCUCCAGUCGGUGGCCACAGCCCUGCACAUGCUCAAUGCUGGCGUGCAUGGCCAGAGCUCGACCAAAGCCGAACUGACCAAGAAUGCGAUGGCAUUCAUGAACCCAGAACAGCCGCUCAUGCAUGCAGUCAUCAUUUCCGAGGAGGAUAUACGAAAGCAGGAGGAUCGCGUCGGUGUGGCGCGUCGGAAGCUACAGGAUGCACUCAAGACAUGAGUGGCUUUGGCUUCGGCUUCGGCUUGGGCCUCCACAUCCAUCAUCUACCAAUUCCAUUGUAGAAUUUACUAGCAUCUCUAUUUAUCAUAUUGACGACCUUUUCGAAAUUAACGUUUAAGCUUUAGCUUGUAAUAAAACUCAACCAAGAACCACACCGAAAGCGUUGUGACGCGAA